UAUCAGAGUGAGAGAGGACAUGGGGAAUGAAUGGCUGAUGGAAUCUCUCUCGCUUUGUGCUUACUCUUCUCUCGAUCGCUCGAUUCUCGCUUCCUUCUCGCAAGGAGCGCCCUUUGUUUUUUUUAACUAGCUCGUUCCUCGAAAUCCUUUUCCUAACGAGGGAGGUGGAGGAGAUGAGAUCUCGAUCUUGUCAUGUAAUGCGCGACUUCAUCUGAAUCGACUGCAUGCUCCGGCGCUGGUGAUGGUGAUUGGGACAUUUUGUUUUUUUUUUUAGUUGAUUCAUGUUUUCGGUGAGAGUGAUGGACGCGGCUGAGUUGGAAGGGCGCAUGUUCAUAGCUGGUGAUCCAAAGGUACAUGGGGAUAUGUUUAGAGUGCUCCAUGCAUUUAUUAGUAAGGUAAUGGAGAUAUUUCCCUUUAUAGAAGCUGCAAGACCCAGAAGUAAGUCUGGCAUACAGGCACUAUGCUCUUUGCAUGUUGCUCUUGACAAAGCCAAAAGUCUUCUUCAGCAUUGCUCUGAGUGUAGUAAGCUUUACUUGGCAAUUACUGGAGAAUCAAUUAUAGUAAAGUUUGAAAAGGCCAAAUGUGCACUUGGAGAAAGUCUUAGACGAGUUGAAGAAAUUGUGCCAGAGCCUAUUAAUUGCCAGAUCAUAGAAAUCAUUGGUGGGUUGGAAGAAGCUGUGUUUGAGCUUGAUCAGUCAGAGAAGCUGGCUGGUGAUGAAAUCAUAUCAUUGCUUCAGAAAGACAGUAAACUGAAGAGCAAUUCAAGCAAUAGCAAAGAGCUUGAGGUUUUCCACCAAGCUGCUUUAAGGCUCGGGAUUACUUCUUCUCGAGCAGCACUGACUGAAAGGAGAUCUCUGAAGAAACUCAUGGAGAGAGCUCGUGCUCAGGAUGACAAACGGAAGGAAUCUAUUGUAUCUUACUUGUAUCACCUCAUGAGAAAGUACUCAAAUAUUUUCAGAAGUGAGUAUGCUGAUGAUACUGACUCUCAGGAAUCAACUCCACGCUCCCCUCCCAUAUUGGGGUUUGAAGAGGUGUCUAGUCCACAUCGGAUCAGCUACACAUUUGAUAGGAACAGUCAGAUGUUUGAUAGACAUCUAUCUAAGUUACGCUCUUUCAACUUCAAACAAAAUGGAAGGUCUGGAAAUAUGCCAAUCCCUCCUGAAGAAUUCAUAUGCCCCAUUUCCUUGCAGCUCAUGUUUGAUCCUGUCAUUAUUUCAUCUGGACAGACCUAUGAGCGUAUUUGCAUUGAGAAAUGGUUCAAUGAUGGCCAUAGUACCUGUCCGAAAACGCAGCAGCAGCUAUCUCAUUUAUGUUUAACUCCAAACUACUGUGUUAAAGGUUUGAUUGCGAGUUGGUGUGAGCAGAAUGGAUUUCCCAUUCCUAAUGCCCCCCCUGAGUCCUUGGAUUUCAACUAUUGGAGAUUGAGUCUCUCUCAAUGUGAAGCCAUGGAUUCAAGUUCCUUUCUUGGCAUAAAUUCUUGUAAAUCGAAAAGUAUUAGUGUUUCUGAUUGUGAUGGCAGUAGCAUCCCAGAGGAGACCAAGGAGAAUGAUUCUGAAAUUUUAAACUACUAUCAGGACUGUGGAGCAGAUGAGCUUGGCAAAUGCCGAAGUGCACUAGCUUCACUCGGUGAGGUUAAAAAUGCACAGAAGCAAUUCAGAGUAGUGGAACAGAUAAGGUAUUUGCUGAAGGAGGAUGAAGAAGCUAGGAUCUUCAUGGGUGCUAAUGGAGCUGCGGAGUUGCUCAUUCAGUUUCUCAGAACGUCCAUAUACAAUGGUGAUCAAAAGGCUCAAGAAGCUGGUGCCAUGGCCCUUUUCAACCUUGCAGUCAACAACAAUAGGAACAAGGAAAUGCUCAUAGAAGCUGGCUUGAUACCCUUGCUAGUGGAAAUGAUCUCAAAUUCUGGAACGUACGAAUGUGUAGCGGCACUCUACCUCAACCUUUCAUGUCUUAACGAGGCCAAGCCCCUUAUUUGCUCAAGUAAAGCUGUUCCAUUCCUCAUUCAGCUUUUACAAGAUUACGAAAAUGCUGGGAGCACCUGCAAGUAUGAUGCACUCUAUGCGCUGUAUAAUCUUUCCACUCAUCCACCCAACAUCACCAUCCUCAUAUCAUCAGGCAUCAUCACCAGCCUCCUUCCGCUCCUCGGAUUGCCUUCUGCACCUGAAGGCAUAAUGUGGACCGAGAAGGCUCUUGCAGUCUUGAUAAAUUUAGCAUCGAGCCAGGCAGGAAGGAGAGAAAUUAUUUCCGAUCCAGGAAUCUUUUCCAGUCUUGCUGGAGUCUUGGACUUUGGUGAGCCCUUCGAGCAAGAGCAGGUUGUGUCGUGCCUGUUGAUCCUGUGCAGUGGUAACGAGAAAUGCAGUCAAAUGGUCUUGCAAGAAGGGGUGAUACCCUCCCUAGUUUCGAUAUCGGUGAAUGGGACAGCAAAAGGUAGAGAGAAGGCUGAGAGGUUAUUGAAACUCUUCAGAGACCAGCGGCAGCAAGAGCCACCUACCCUCAAGCAGCAACAUCAGCCGACGAUAGAUGGCAACAGUGGAAUUCAAGCGGCCAUUGAAACCAAGAAAUUCUGUAAAUCAAGAUCAAAGAAGCUUGGAAGGACACUGAGUUCUAUCUGGAAGAAGAAGAAGAGUUUUUCGAUAUAUCAAUGCUAGUGUCAUUGGUCAGUCCCAAUCAUGUAAAUUUAUGUCAGGCAUUUUCUUUGUUUUAUUUGUUGAAAUUUCUAAUCUUUUCAAUCAAGGGGAGUUGGCAUUUUCCCUUUGCCUCCCUGAAUGGAAAAGAUGUACAGACUCUCUGUUAGUGUGUAUCAGCUUUCUCAGCUGUCUUCUGUUAGCAGUUGAAAAAGAAAAAGAAAUAAUUGUAAUUUCAAAUGGAAAAAAACAAAGCAGUAGACGCAGAUUAAAAUAUAAUUA